CCCUCCGGGCUUGCGGCUGACACCGCUGUGGACUCUCUCUUUAGCCUGCCCAGGAGCAUCUAAACUCGGCCAAGCCACAGGUCUAGGCAGCUACGGACCAUCUGCCUUUGCCCUAGGCCAGAGGGCACUAAGGGACCCGGGCAUGAGCUAAAAUACCUGGUAUUUGCGCCCCGGGCGUUUUCCACUGUUCGGGAGGUCCCAGGCUCCUCCAGGUCACUUUGGGUCCCCCCCCCCUCCACUUUCCUCCCUCGAACCGGCUCCCUAUAGCUGAACUGAACCUCAUUUCUCACCCAGUGUGGUCUUAGGUCUGCUUAGCCGACCUUCAAUGCUCCUGAGCUCUGGUAGGGUUUUGAGGGGGCAGAGCCGGGAGGAAGGAGAGCAAAGCCUUGGGGUUUCAGGGAGCUUAGGUCGAGGGCCAUUUCUGCUGAAAGUGUUUGGCUUCCGCUCUUCGCUUGUCUAGAAACUUUCCCUUAUCUCCCCUUUCUUUGUUCCCCUCUGAUCUGGGGGAAAGCUGGGAGUCCGCCUCGUAGCCUUCCUGCCUGGCUAGGACCGCCGGGUGACAGCAUGGAGUACACCGCGUCGCCCAAGCCACAGCUCUCGUCGCGGGCCAAUGCUUUCUCCAUUGCGGCGCUCAUGUCUAGCGGAGGCGGCUCCAAGGAGAAGGAGCCUUCCGAGAACACCAUCAAACCUUUGGAACAAUUCGUGGAGAAGACUUCCUGCGCCCAGCCCCUCGGCGACCUCCCGGGGCUCGACUCCCACGGAGACUUCGGCGGCAGCCUCGGAGGUGGUGGCGGCGGCGGCAGCCCUUCCUCUCUGUGCACGGAGCCCCUCAUCCCCACCACCCCCAUCGUCCCCAGCGAGGAAAUGGCCAAGAUCGCCUGCAGUCUGGAGACCAAGGAGCUCUGGGAUAAAUUCCACGAGCUGGGUACCGAGAUGAUCAUCACCAAGUCGGGCAGGCGAAUGUUUCCUACCAUUCGGGUGUCGUUUUCCGGGGUGGACCCUGAGGCCAAGUACAUCGUUCUGAUGGAUAUCGUUCCCGUGGACAACAAGAGAUACAGAUAUGCCUACCAUCGCUCGUCCUGGCUGGUGGCUGGCAAGGCUGACCCUCCUCUUCCCGCAAGGUUGUACGUGCACCCGGAUUCUCCUUUUACUGGAGAGCAGCUGCUGAAACAGAUGGUGUCUUUUGAAAAAGUGAAACUCACAAAUAAUGAACUGGAUCAACACGGCCAUAUUAUCCUGAACUCUAUGCACAAAUACCAGCCCAGAGUCCACAUCAUCAAGAAAAAGGACCACACCGCUUCCCUGCUCAAUCUGAAGUCGGAAGAAUUCAGGACAUUUAUCUUCCCUGAGACUGUGUUCACAGCUGUCACUGCCUACCAGAAUCAGCUGAUAACCAAGCUGAAAAUCGACAGCAACCCAUUUGCCAAAGGUUUUCGAGACUCCUCCAGGCUCACUGAUAUUGAAAGGGAAAGUGUCGAGAGUCUGAUUCAGAAGCAUUCCUACGCCCGCUCACCGAUCCGUACCUAUGGGGGAGAAGAGGAUGUCCUGGGAGACGAGAGCCAGACAGCACAAAAUAGAGGUUCAGCUUUUACUGCAUCUGACAAUUUGUCACUCAGCUCCUGGGUAUCCUCUUCAUCCAGUUUUCCCGGAUUCCAGCACCCCCAGUCUUUGACCGCCUUGGGAACCAGCACUGCCUCCAUUGCCACAUCCAUUCCUCACCCCAUCCAGGGAUCUCUGCCCCCAUACAGCCGCCUAGGGAUGCCUCUUACCCCAUCUGCCAUCGCUACCUCCAUGCCAGGGAGCGGGCCCACGUUCCCUUCCUUCCACAUGCCCAGAUACCACCACUACUUCCAACAGGGGCCUUAUGCUGCCAUCCAGGGACUGCGCCAUUCCUCCACAGUGAUGACACCAUUCGUAUGACUGGCCCAAGCAGAGGGCAACCUGGAUGUAGAAUAGGCAAACUUGGUAUGAAGAUAGAGGGUGGGGAUGUGGUGUUGGUUGGGAGACUCUCCAUGAGGCAUGGAACCAUUCAAGAGGAGAGAUGGACCCAUAAUCACGUCAACUGCUAACACAAUGCACUCACUAUGGGCCAGCAACCAUCUGCAGAAGGGCUGAUUUUUGACUUAGUAGAAUGCCCGUCUGGAACAUUCAGAGAAAGUUUGGUGCAUCAUACAUUAGCAGUGUAUAAGAUGCUCUGUGGAUGCAGUCAUGGACAGAUCCAAUGUGGAUAGGAUUUCUUUGUGUUUUUUCACAGGUUCAAAGAAUUUCACAAGAGGCAAUACCAUAGGUUAUAGUCACAUUACACCAUCUCUCCCUGUAAAUAACAGGAGUCAAUCCUGAAAUAUUUGUCAUGUGGUAGCUUGAGCAUGGUUAGUUUACCUUAGCAUUAGUUUGCUGAGAAAGAAACCCCCAAGAGAAGGGUAUCUUUUUGUUCAUGACUAGGUGGUAGUUACUUCCCAGUAUCCUUCUGUAAUACUGAUAGGCCAGAACCAUCCAAAUCUAGCUCCCAUCCAUCUUGACUUAUUCUUCCCUCCCCACCUCAUGACCGCCCCGCCCCCCCCGGCCAAUUCCUCCCCUUCUCUCUCAACCUCUUGUAUUUUGUAUGUGUAGGAAAAUGCUUCUCUAAAUCUUUUCCAAGUAAGAGACUGUAGACAUCACACUCUGAAACAGAAGGUUUAUUUUCAGGAGUGGUGUUCUUUAAAAAAGAAAAAGAAAUCCUGCAUAUAGAUUCAUCAGUGAGCACUUUAAACACACAGUCUCGGACAGUAUCAGAGGAUUUGUUUCACUUGUCAUAAUAGGCUUUGAACCUGAUCUGGAAGGAUAGCCCUGGCACCAAUGCCCAAGUUUGAAGGUCAGACUGGGCAAAAUUCUCAUCUCCUGGAGGUCAGUUCCUGUAUCAGGCAGAUGGUACCAAAUACCAAGGUCAGCUAGCACCUAUUAAUGAUUGACAUGCACUUUUGGGUGAGAUGUCUGAGUGCCAAAUUUAGCCAUAAUUUAAUUCAUACUUGGGAUUCAUUGUAGGUUUCUAAAUAUUUUGAUGAUAUCUUCAUUUGAUUGUGUGAUGCUCAAGGUUCAUUUUGGUCUUUCUUCCCCUACCCUUCAUCCUCCCCUACCUUGAAAAAUAGAAGAGAACACAACAAAUAGAUCAUUUGUUGGUUAAGGCAUUUUCAUCUAAAAGUUGUAUCUAAAUGACCAAGCAAAUAACUGGCAAACCAAGGAAUUCAUCCUUGCUACCUGUACCUUUACAUAAGCUAAGGAUAGGAGCCUGAGCUGCGAUUUCAUUGGUAUAGAGAAUUCCAUUACCUGGGAGUAAAGAAAUCUAUACCUUAAAUGACUUGCCCAGCAGGUACGUAUCCCAGGUGACAUAGGUGGUCUUGGCUCCAAGUAUGGCUCUUCAUCCACAACUUGAUGCUGUCUCUCAUCCAUUCUUGUGGUGUUUAUAUAACAGUAUUGUAGUAGGCUAACCAAUCUAAUAUUCUUCAGUAACUUGUAGCUGAACAUCCGUGACUUAAUGAUACUGCCUUUGUGGAUGUCUUGGGCUCCAGGUGUAGGACAAAACAUGCUGAUUAGGUCUGCAUUUAUAGCAACAAACAUGCAUCUUCUAUUGUUGUUAGUGUUUUGGGGGGUGAAUGUGAUAUGCUAUUUUAUUCGGCUGCAUUCUUGCAUGCAAAGGAAUUACAUAAUCUAUGUGACAUAAAUAUCACCUCCAGUGCAGUAGCUGAUAAUAGAGGCAUAUUUCUGGGAUGGUGCAAUAUAUUCAUUGUCUCGGUGCCCACAGUUUCAUCAACUUGGUGCUCUCCAAAUUUGAAUGCCUCCCUGGAUUUCCCCCAGCCUAUAAGAAUAGGUCCUAGAUAUAAGAUAAGCUCCUAGAUUUAGUAUCAAAGGCACCUUAGAGGUGAUCUAUCCCAGCUCCUCCAUCCUACAGAUGAGAUCUGAAGAAUUACAGUGAUUUGUCCAACAUGCCAUAGCUAGAGUGUGUCUGAGGCAGGAUCUGAACCCAAGUUUUCUAGACUUAAAGACCAGCUCUGCAUCCUUGGUGCCUUGCUGUAUAACUUGCCUGCAUGAUAAUAAGACCAUGGUGGAAUUUCGCACGUGAAUUUCUCUGAUGUGUUCCAAAGAUUAGUUGUUGAGAAAUAGCUAUUGUUCAAACAUACCAUUUGAGAAGCCUCUGCCCUCAUUAAGUCCCUGGACAAUUUUAAUUACUUUCAAACAAGACACACUUUACAAAGCAUCAACUCAUUCUGAAAGCAUUUUUGGUUAGCAUAGAAAGUAAAUCUUCAUCAGGUAUGGAUGAAUGUGUUAAUAUCUCAUAGUUUUGUCUGUUGUCAGUAUCUCUUUUAAUGUUGCUUGAAGUAGAAAUGGCCCCAGAUAAGAUUCUACUUUCACUAAUAAUCUCCUAGGUUGUUAGGCUUCUGAGUACAUUCUGAGUACAGAAUGCCCAUACAGAAACUUUCCGUUCAGAGAGACUGGCAGGGUUAUCUCUGUCCUGUUUUGGCGCUUUCCAGAUCAGCAUAGCACUGACAGGUUUGUAUGUUUUUGUUAAAUGCUUCAUUUCGCAGAAAUUGUUCUUAACGUCAUGUCUUCAAUUUUUGAUCAUGAAAUCAUUAGUUUAGGUCAAAAACCGAUAGACAAGAAACCAAUAGAUUAAAGUCUGUUCUUUGGUAAACAUGAGGUUUUAAAUCUGUCUUUUAAAAAGCCUUUUAGUACUACUAAAGCUGGGAGAAGGGAAACAUGAGAUUGGGAGCCCAACCUAUCAGCAGCCGGCCUCUCCUGGAAAACUGGCUCUCUGAUAGAAACCCUUCCCCUUUAGGGGUGCCAAAUGGCUUUCUCAACAAUCUGGGAAUUUAUCUGAAAUGUCUAUGCCCUGUAGGCAUGAAAAAUAUUGUCAGAGCUACUCACUACUUUGAAAUAGUAAGAGGAAUGACAGUGUGAAUCUGUAAAAAAAAAUCUAAAUUCUAGAUAUUUUUAUCAUUAAAAUGCAGUUCUUUUAAAAAUACAGAACUUUGCACUUAGUAGGCACUUAAUAUAUGCUCGUUAAAUUGCCAAAUUGCAAUACAUAUGCUAACACCAACGAGUAGCUAAUUUGUGUCCUGAUAAUAGGUCCUAUUUAUUUAACAGUCUUCUCACAAGGACCUUGAAGUAGUGCAACUAUCACCUUAUCCCCUUCUCAGAAGAGUGAGCUGUGGUUUAGAGAGGGCAAGUGACUAAUGGUUUGUCCAAGGUCACACAGCUAAUAGUCAAAACAGCUCACAUUGUUUAGUUUGUAAGGUUUGCAGGGCAUUUGUAUAUACACCAUCUCACUGGAGCUUCACAACCCCAUGAGAGAAGUACUAGAGAGAGAUAUUACUAUCACCAUCGUACUGAUGAGGAAACCUUGGCUUAGAUGUGUUGCCCAAAGUCAUGCUAGAUGGGAGACUCAGAUUAAGUCUUGUAACCUCAAGGUCAAUGCUCUAGCGGCCUCACUCAGUACACUACUGCCCAACCCCAUACAGUAGUACCUAAUAGGAGACUUGUGAGAUACACUCUCAUGAUUAAGUAAAAAUCAGGUACAAUCAACAUUUUUUUAUUGGCCUGAUGAUUCUAAAAAUACUUGCCUAUAAUAUCUUCUUUUAAGUAGUUUUGAAGGCUCCCUUUAUCAUAUUGUUUAAUAGUUUGCUUGGCAAACUUUUUCCCCCAUAGUCAGUCCAAUGGCAAGCUUCAGACAAAUUCUAAAUUAGAGAGAUACAAAUGAAUGUAUGAAUAUAUCUUUAUUGCUGAGAACCUUAAGGCCAUUCUCGAUUUUUAGUAUUUAUUUAAAGGCAAGAGAGACGGAGAAGGGAAGAUAAAAGAGGCAGACAGAGGAGGAGAUAGAGAC